CAUCACUCAACGCAGUUUACAAUUUACAUUUGAGAGAAGUUACGAAAUUCACUAAUUCCGUCUUACCACGCCAGUUUUAAUGUACAAAAUUUGUACAAGAGACGUAUACUUUAUUUUAUUAUAAUAACGAUCUACAGUUUUAACAUAAACAGUGGUUUAAUUAAUUAUUUUUAAUGUAUUAGAAACAAGCGUUGUAUUACGUUUUGGCGGCAUUACUUAAAGCUACAGAAAUAGAUCUCCUUGUGCAAUAUUUAUAAUAGGGCAAGUGCAUAAAUAAUAGACUGCUCCAGUAAAACUUUUCAAGGUCUACAAUUGGGAAUCAUGAUGAUGUAGUACAUUACUUUUAACCGUGGUGCUCGUUGUGGUUGCAAUUUGUGUUGUUAAUCAUGGAGAAUCCAACAGUUGCUGGAUUACGAUCAAGGUCCCGAUCAAAAACACCCUUUUUAAGAUCAAGCUGUGAUCGCGAAAAUUGCCCAGAAGGUGAAGAACAUGUUCAUCAAAAAUCAGGACGAAAAACACCAAUAAAACGAAGCACACCUAUCAAGCAGCUCCAACCCUCUUCAAAGAAAGGCAGCAUAGACACAGUACCUGAAGAUGAUGAAUCCUCACCAGCAUACAGAACGAGGCAGUCCACAAAAACGGACAAACUUAUUAAAACCUCAGACUAUUCAUCUGAAGAGAGUUUAGAUAGAUUGAAAGAGCACAGGAAAGAAAUUUAUCAGAACGAGAUCAACAGCCAGUAUGAGAGCGUGUCGAGUUCACGGCACUACAGCACGCUCGCUGACGUCACGCUCAGCCCCAUACACACGCAUAAUGUGACGCGGGACAGGUCGACCCGCUACAGCAGCCCCGCGUACAGCGCGUGCUCCACAGACAGCUCGUUCGCGGAGCAGGCGCUGGCGGACGCGAGCGCGCUGCUCGACCGCAACCCCGACUGUGAGCACCUGCCAUACAAACUGUACAAGAUGGCGGGCGAGUAUUGGAACAAAUACCCGAAAACGGACUACACAUACUCGCCGCUGUCCCGCGACCGCGUGGAGCUGGCGCCCGGGCAGGUGGCGGUGCCGAACAUGUCGCGCCGCUCGCUGUCGCAGUUCCGCGCGCACGGGCCCAGCGCGCGCGACGAGCCCGAGUACAGCGCCGCACAAUGGACCACCACCACCACUAGGAAGCGGUUCACGUCAAUAGAGAGUUCAGACGACGAGGGCACAUACGCACGCAACGGUGCAUACAAACAGACGGACGAGCGGUGGUGGAUCACGCAGCUGCUGGCCAGCUUCAUAACCGCUGUGUCUGCCAGCACUCGGAAUGCGUACAGGAAGGUGGUGGGGCCAUCCCACAGAUACCCGUACACUGAGAGACGGCCCGCUAAAGCGAGUAUCCUGUCUCGUUCAGCGAGCGCGGUGGCUGCUCCGUUCUAUUGGAUAUACUCCAUCAUACAAACUGUCAUCACCACUACUGUGACCACCGUUACUGAGACUAUAUCACCAAGUAAAGAAAUCGUAUCUGAGAAGUACUCUGUAGGGAGUUAUCAAAAGGCAGCCGUUGGUGCUAAACGCAACUGGUGGCCGCUCGCAUUAUUGCUGCUUUUGCCCGCCUUCGGAUAUGGAUAUUACAACUACGCGGACCAAUUAAUACCGAAAAGAGAAAUAAUCGAUACAUACAAGCCACCGGUGAUCCUUCAAGAUUCGGAUUUGACUAAACGAGUGGAGGCCUUAGAAAACUGGGCCAUAAAAGUCGACAACCGAUUGACACUGUUCGAUAACAAAUUAUCGAAAAUGGACAACCUGGAGGCGCAAAUCGAGCAGUACUCGUUCAAGCAUCUGCAGCAAAACUUGAUUCAGAUUUUAAGCGUUAACGAUAAUAGUGAAGCUAUUGCCAGCAAACUGAAGGAACACUUCGACAGGAAUUACAUUUCGAAGGACGAGAUGCAACUGCUGAGUCAGGAGAUACACGAAAAGUUGAUAUAUUCGUGGAAACCGGAGUUGAGCGAGGACGAUAUACGGCGGAUGAUCCAGGAGUAUUUAUUAUCUGUGGAGAGGAAGCAGAUGGAAUUAAUAGUAGAGAAGGUGAAGGAGUACGUAACCAGGGUGGAGGUAUCUGCUCCUGGUGGUGCGGGAGACCCCGGGUCUGUGGACAUGGAGGAGAUACGCCGGCUCGUGUCCAGCAUGCUGCAGAUAUAUGACGCUGAUAAGACGGGAUUGGUGGAUUACGCUUUGGAGUCUGCGGGUGGUCAGGUGAUAUCGACGCGCUGCACGGAGCUGUACCAGAUCAAGACGAAGCAGUACUCAGUGCUGGGGCUGCCGGUGUGGUGGGUGUACACGUCGCCGCGGUACGCGCUCACGCCGGGCGCCAUGCCCGCCGAGUGCUGGGCCUUCCAGGGCUUCCCGGGGUACCUGGUAAUACGCACGUACGCUAUAAUAGAAGUGACUGGAUUCUCACUGGAGCACAUGUCACGUUUGCUCGCGGCGGAGGGCAAGAUAGAAUCUGCGCCUAAAAACUUCUCUGUAUAUGGGCUUCACAAUGAAUUGGACACAGCGCCUCAUCUGUUCGGGAACUACAUAUACGACGCCAACAGCACAUCCAUACAAUACUUCCCGGUGCAAUAUCCGAAAACGACCAACAUUGACGGAGUGGAAUAUCCCGUCGCUUUCGACAUUGUGGAGCUGCGAGUGGAGAGUAACCAUGGCAACCCGACAUACACCUGUGUGUACAGAUUCAGAGUGCACGGAAACCCGCUGAACGACAUACGGCAAGCCACCGAAGAUAGCAUACGAGACAGUGAAACGUAACAACAACUUUUGCCUAGCCCACAAUGUGUGAUAGGGCGAGCAACUAUUAAAUGUGGCAAUUAAAUAUAUGAGAUCUAGUGUUCUGUUGAGAUAUUGAUAUAACAACGCAAAAUUGUAUUACCAUUCUGAACUUGGCACUAUUAUGUGACUCUAUAUCUGUGUAUAUACAAAUGACUCGUCCACGGUGCGAAAUGGUCUAUGAAUUCUUAACAAUCCACAGUGAUUCAAAGUGAAUAGUGGUAAUGUGGCCUUCUAGAACUGUGUAGGUUUAAAGUACAAACUGUGACCAUAAACUGAGCCUAAUUUACUAAAUAUUGAAUAAGAAAGGACCUUUACAAACACUAAUAACUAGUUUGUAUUUAGAUGUAGAAACUCCCGAUAGUUGUAGGUUUUUCUUUGCAUAGUAGUGACGCGAUUUAUUAUUUUAACAGUGAUUGUUUAAAUCUCAAUAAAAUACCGCACAAGGCAGAUACGCUUAGCUCUGAUAAAAUUUUAUACCAAUAUUUAUAUGUUUUUUAUUAUUUUAAGAUUUGAUUAUGUUAUAAGGUUUUCUAGAUUAUAGUUAUUACUUAUUAUACUUUAUAUUUUUAAGGAUCUUACGGUUUUGUGUGAUUUCAAAUUGCUGUGCGUUUUAGGUUUUAUAGAAAAAGAUACAAGUACAAAUUCUUUGUUAAAUAAAAAAAAAUACUAUUUGUAAUUAUCAUAAAAUGGUAUUGUCACAAUUAGUUACUUUUAAAAACAAUGAUUUUUUUUGGGUAAACACUGUAAAUUACAAUAAUUCUAAUUAUCAUGUAAAAAUCUAGUAACACAUGUUUACAUAACAUCUAAAUCAUUUACCAUUUGUCACACUUAACUAGGUCAAGGUCCAAAAAUAAUUUUUAAUUUAGGUUUAGUGAAGGAGCUAGUCCCGCUUAGUUAGUAAUUUUAUGCCAAUUGUAAUUAAGUUGUUUUAAUCUUCUUGUUCUAAAUAUUUAUAAUCACGAUUGCUAUACAUACAAGCAAUUUUAAUCGUGUACUUUUUAUAUAUUAAGUGUGACUUCUUCCUGGAGUUGACCUUAUUCCGCAACAUAUUCUUUUAAAGCAACAAGCAAAACCCACAAAAUAAAUGAAACACUUUUUUUUUCAUUCCAACAACAUUAAAAUUAAAAUUAAAACAUCAAAUAUAUAGAUACAAAAUUGUAAAAGUAAAUCAACUUGAAAAUUAUGUUUAGCACUUUAUUUAUAUAA